CCAAUUCCUGUCCGAUUCUCUUACCUGGGACGUCUCAUUGCCGUCGCUCGCGUCUUGAUUCUGUGCAACACGUUGCGAUGGGUCUCCACUGCAACGCACGUGGGUGCCACAACACCGGCUGGUGCAAACAGACAGGACGGCACUUCUGCAACAUCUGCAAGAGUCGAAACUCGGACCACCGCCGUACGGGUAAGAGGGAUCCAGCUAGAGGGACACACAUCGCUGGGUGGCCAUGCUCGCACAUCUUGCCUUGGUGUCUGCAUCAGAAUGCCCGUUUUGGGUGACGGGUCAAGGCAUGAGGACCCUGUAUCACCAGACCGACGCCCCCUCAGCAGCGGCGAUUGGGCAGUCGGGAGAGAUGCUCCCGGGCUCCGGCGGCUCGCUCGGCGGAGCCAACUACUUUGCGCCCGACAUCCCGACGACUGACCGCCUCGCACACCGUAAAGGCUAUGUGGUGACGGCGCAAGUCUUCCUGGGGAAGCAGAAGAUGAUCUCCUCGCAGCAGGCGACGCAGCACACCUUCGAGAGUCUGAGGAGGGAGGGAUACGACUCGGUGUUUGUGCAAGACAGGAAUGAAUACGCGGUGUUCCACAAGGACCAUGUCAAGAUCAUGAGUGUCGCUAGGAGAUAGACAGACAUCCUGUGGUGUGAUGGCUGAUCACAGUGCAGGCACGUUUCACCAGCUUAUGCGUUUAUGAGGUCGGACAUGUUUGUCAAGAGUGUCUGACUUCGGACAGUUUUUGCUGUGUAUGUGUGGUGGACAUCCUUGUGUGUGUAUCGUGCCUUCGAGGAAUGACAGCAACUGUGUAG